GAAACAUUUAAAACAACUGUUAAUACACGCCUUUGCUAUCAAAUAAUUCAUAUAAAAGCUUGAACGUGCUUUUUUUCUAUCUUUGCGUACGGCUUCCUUGCUACGAGCUAUGACCCCCUUGUGAAAUUCUGUUGUGAUUGUACUCAGAUUUUAACCUGGAAAGUGUUUACCUUGACUCAUCGACUUGAUCUAGAUAGAAUAUAAAAACGGACGGAACCUAUGCGAUACUUCCAGUUUUGAUGCAUCUUGCAACUUGAUUUGUGUCGGCUGUGAUACAUCCUUGGCGAGGAUGGCAUCCAUAGGCAGCAUUUAUAUGGAUCUUAUGGUGAAUCGGUCAGAUCCCAGGGUAAACCAAUGGAAGUUUAUGUCAAGUCCGUGGCCUACUUUGUACAUAAUAGCAGCUUAUCUAGCACUGGUUCUGUUGCUUCUUCCCGCGUAUAUGAAAAACAGGAAACCGUUCGACCUAACCAAGAUUAUCCGUCUGUAUAAUAUCAGCCAGGUGAUAGCGUGUUCAGCACUCAUUUAUAUGCUUAGCAGUGCCGGAUGGCUACAAGGGGACUACAGCUUAGGUUGUCAACCGAUCGACUACUCGAACAACCCGAAAGCAAUUCAGCUGGUCAACGCAUUCUGGUGGGUCUAUGUGUUGAAACAAGUUGAGCUGGUCGAAACCAUAUUCUUUGUACUUAGGAAGAAAUUCAACCAAGUAUCCGCAUUGCACAUCUACCAUCAUGUGUCUAGCCUUUUCAUUGCGUAUAUUGGCUGCAAAUUUAUUGGAGGUGGUAUGUUCUCCAUUCCUGUAAUGAUGAACCUUUUUAUCCACGUGAUGAUGUAUACGUACUACUACCUGUCAUCUUUGGGACCUCACUGGCAGAAGAGACUAACUGUUUGGAAACCAAAGCUAACUAUCGCGCAAAUGAUUCAGUUCACCUUGAUGCUGGUACAUUCGACAACAGCCUUCCAGCCAGGUUGCAAAGUACCGAAGCCCUUCUUCGCCUUAUACUUGCCCAACGUCCUCUUGCUCUACAAAAUGUUCUACGAUUUCUACAAGCGAAGCUACAAGAGCAAAUUAGCGAAGGUCAAUUGAGUUUUCCAUCGACCAGUAUGUUGUGUUCCAGUAGUUUUUAUUGUGUUGUUGGACAACGAAAAGGCUGUGUGAAGCAUAAAACAAGGGGAAUAGUGACCUGAAUUUAAGACAAACUCGAAAAUACGAACAUUGUACUAUAAUAGAUAGUCGAGAUUUUUGUAUGUUUAUCAGAUUCGCGACAAGUCAGAAGUCUCAUGCACCGCUAAACGUUCAUGUUUGUUACAGGCGGCAAAUUAUAUGGCUUAUAAAUACAACGGAGUACGCCUUAAAUCUUUUCCAACGGGUCAUCAAUAUUUUACAUCGAAAAAGCAAGAUCUGCAUGUUUUCACUCCUUUCUAUGGAAGAAAAAUGAGAAAACUGAAAUGAAACGGAAAAUUUCUAGUCAAAUCUAUAACGUGAAGUAACCCACAAAGUGAGUUAGGUUUGGCCACAGAUCGUAGAAUGACAGUCUGACAUGUUUUCUGAUACGUGUCAUGGGUCUUUAGGUCCGAUUUUACUACUGGCCCUUUGGAAUCAAAAUUUGUGCCUGUUUUACAAAUUCGAAAAAAGGCGUUUUUGAAGUAAUUGAUCUAAUGAACUUGGACGGUUAUUUGUAAAAUAUCUUUCAAAUUAGAGAAACAUUAUAGAUUUGUGUAAGAUGGGAGCUUAGUUUCCAUAUUAAAUCAAUAAAUCCUUCAUAUAUUACCCGCAGGGUUAUUACGUAGAAUACAUAUAUGUCGAAACAUUGGUGAAAUGUGAAGUUGUGCACUAGGUAGCCGCUAGUUCAUUCAUCAAUCUAGAAUAUUUUAUUUAUUUUAUUCAAUCGACAUUAAUAAUAAUGUAUAUGAUUCGUCAGUCACAAAAGAAUACAAAUAUAUGCAAAAUAUAAAAAAAAAAAACAAAAAUUACAUCAACAGAUUUAAAAAUAUGAUUCGAAAACAUGCAUUUAUAUACAAGGCCUGUCGCAAAGUAAACAGGACAAAGAAAAACAUUAACAUUUUUUGUUUCAGAAUAUAUAUUUAUUUUAUUCAAAAUAGUCUCCUUCAGAGUUAAUACUGCGAUUUGAACGGACCAAACGAUUUUCGAAUGAUGAUUUUAGCUCAUUGACCGGGAUGUGCUUCAAAACGGUGGUGGAAGGUGGAACGAAUAAUUCCCUUCGAAUCGUAGAGAUAACAACAUUGUCUUCACUAUGGACUUUUUUUUGUUUGGCUCGUUUCGUCACGAGUCACAAUGUUGAACAGAAAGUGUUUGUCUUUUUUGGCAAUUUUUGGUCAUCCGUGAGCUUGUCCGGAACAAACCGUGAACGCACCUUUUUCAUGCCAAAAUUCUUGGUCAAAAUGCGAUGGAUUGAAUUUUUAGAGAUAUUUAAUUCCAUUUCUGUAACUCCGCGUGAAGUGAUUCGAUUGUCAUGAAAUUUUGACAGGGCACCAACGAAAUAUGUACCUAUCCAACGCUAGUCUCCGACAAUAGAUGGCACUACGUGUAUCGGAUAUCUUCCAAAAGUCCUGCUUACCUUGCGACAGACCUUGUACAUACAAAAUCAUCCACAGAAUACACAGCUUUAACAACAAAAUCAACUUCACCUUAAAUACACUCAACCUUUUACGAUCAUUCGGUAAUUGUAUCACGUGCGAUCCAUCGCAACUAGCAAAGUAGUGCUAUAAGCUUUUGGUGAAAGAACCGUUCAGCCAUAAAAGCUCUCUAUUGUUGUUGCCUGAACACGAAAAUGCUGGCUUAAUGUUGUGUGGAAUGCAAAUUUGCUUUCUGCAACAUAUUUGCUCUAAAAUGGGGUGUUUAAAAGAUUCUUAUAGCAUAGUUAUAGAACACCUUAUAUGACAAAUUUUUAACUGUUGCAUAAACGUUUAUACAACUAUUUUAUACGGCAUACUUGCACGUUAGUCAAAAUGGUUGUGUUGUGACAUCCAUGGUAACGUUUAUAAAACAAACCCGAGCAUUGUUGUAUUGCUGUGCAAAUUUACUACUUUAGCCAACAAAUUGCUCCCAACGGAAGCACUUAUACAACUGUUGUUUAGUAACUGUUAAAGGCUGUACAUAUGCAACAAUAUUACAACUUUUGUAGUACAAAAUUGCUGUGCUCGGCAUACAUUUGUUGCUAAAUAUGUUGGUAUACAACUUCACCAUAACCUAACUUUCUGCUGUCAUAUUUUUGUUAAAAUGCCAUAACCAACGUUUUAAGACAAACACCUCAUGCUUAUUGGUUCAAACAGUUUUAGUAACUGUUCAAGCAGAUAUAGAUCUGGUACAAAUUCUAGGUAAAUCAUUCGACUCUGUCGGUAUUAUAUUUCAGACAUUUGUCAAAUUGUUGUAUAACACCUGCAGGCAACACCAAAAUAUUCUAAUAAACUAAAGACGACAUGGACGAUGCCAUGGUUAUACACAACCACCCGCCAUAUUGGGCAACAUUUAUUCCUCUAUUUAAUAUUAAAUAAUUAUGUUUCAGUUCGAAAUAACAGAUAUAAAGUGAUAAACAUUAGUGUAAUUGUGUAUAAAUAUAGGAUUUGUGGAAGAUUUAACGCAGCUAAGUUCAGUUUUCCAUCUUAAAAAUCUAGACAUACUGUUGAUCAUUAUUAAAAUAUGAAUCAAAUACGAAGCCCGUAGAAAUUGCGUAACUAUAUACUUUGCAAGAUGAUCACAAUAAAAUUUGCUGCGCAAGUAAUUCAGUAGCCCUAUAUCAAAGUUUAUCAUAUACCUGUGGAUGAAAUUCACAAUGGCCGAUAUGUAAGUAAACAAGAUGAACACAAUAAAAUUUGCUGCGCAAGUAAUUCAGUAGCCCUAUAUCAAAGUUUAUCAUAUACCUGUGGAUGAAAUUCACAAUGGCCGAUAUGUAAGUAAACAAGAUGACUGUAAUGUGUUAUAUAUUCUUCACUUCGUCUAUACAAUACAUAAGAAAUAGUUUGGUUUCAAUAAAGUAGAAUCACGUAACAGUUGUAUAGUUGACAAAAACUGAAUCUUGCACUGACGCAAAUGUCCUAUAGCGGCUGCACGAGGCUUACACUUUUGUUGUAUAACUGUUACCUGCACCCUUAUACAACCCCUUAAAUGACUGAAGUAUCCUAUUAGGUGUGCCCAUUCCGCUUGUAUAGCUGAUCUAAGAGUGUUUUGCCAAUGUUCUUACAGUAUACAAUGCUGUGUAAGGAAUACUGUAUAAUCAUUCUUGCAACUCUAAUAGGAGUGAUAAUUGUUAGUUGGGAUGUUUCGAGCAGGACACAAAACCUUCUUUUGAUUGGUCAAAUUCGCGACUAUAUCGCAAAUCUUUCUUUUUGAUUGACCGAAUAUGCGUCCAGGUCGCAAAUUUUGUGUCCGAUCGAAAAAUAGGUUUUUGUAGUUAAACCACAUGAUAUAUGGAGCAUUUCUUGAUUUAAUAUGGAAAUUAGGGGCCCAUCUUAGAAUAAUUGUAUAAUUAAUCUUUAAUUUGAGAUAUAUGCUUCAAAAACGCUUUCUCAUUGCUGCACUUUGUGCCAUAGGCGCAAAUUUUGUGCUUCUGCUAGUGAAGUCGGGCCAUAGUGGUGCAUGGAAUCCUGAACGAGUAGAACAGUAGAAUUGUGACAUUUUAUCUGUCAACUAUUCCUUGCAAAGUUACAUCAAUCAAGUUUUUAAGCCACUUAUUCCGCGUAUGUAGAAGUAGAUAAUCCUGAUAUGUAGUUUAUAUUAUAGAUAAUAGAUCGAUUUCCUGAAUAUUGUCACUGCAGUGGUUAUUUUACAAUGUGAUGGAAUAAAAGUAC